AUGACGAGGCGCCUAGUAGAAAGACCAGCCCAAAUCUUUUCGACAAGCCUCGGCGGGACAAUUCGCCCCAAGUACCCCUUUACCAACCUCCAAAAUGGGACCCCUGGGCCCGAGAAGAAGAUCACCAUAACAGUCAUCAAGGCAGGCCUCCUAAUUCCUGGGGACGGCACCCCGAUUCGAGAUGCCGCCCUUGUCAUAACCGACAAGCUCAUUUCCUGGAUCGGCCCGCAAUCAGAUAUCCCUUCGCAGUAUACCUCGCCCGCUCACAGGUCUUAUACUGUGCCAUACCUUAUGCCGGGUCUGUGGGACUGCCACGCGCAUUUCAUGAUGGGUAGCCCCGACGACGCGGGCAACAAUGACCCGUAUCUCGGCUUCGUCACCGAACAUCCCGCUGCCGCCGGUGCGCGACUCACGCGCGCGUGUUGGUUGGCUUUGCAACGAGGCUACACCUCCAUGCGGGAUGUGGCGGGCCUGGGGUGUGAGAUCAGUCGGGUAAUCAACGAAGGGACUAUCGUGGGACCGAACGUGUACAGCUCGGGAGCGUGUCUAAGCCAGACGGCGGGACAUGGCGACGUGUUCUCGCUGCCCGCCGGUGACGUGCUGCUCAACCUAGGCGUAUCGCAGGUCACAGCGGGCCACUUUGGCACAGGCCCGAGUAUGCUCGUGGACGGCGUAGAUGAGUGCCGGCGGGCGGUGCGACUCCAGAUCCGACGUGGGGCUAAAUGCAUCAAGAUCCUCGCAUCUGGGGGCGUAAUGUCCCGAGACGACAACCCGAUGUACGCACAGUUCAGUCCUGAAGAGCUGCAGUGUAUCGUCGAAGAGGCAACACGCCAGGGCCGCGCCGUUGCGGCUCAUGUGCAUGGCAAGCCUGGCAUCCUGGCGGCCGUCAAGGCGGGGGUUACCACCGUAGAACACGUGUCGUUUGCGGACCAGGAGUGCAUCGACCUGAUCCAAGAAAAAGGCACCAUUUACGUUGCCACCCGUAUGAUUAUGGAUCUUCUCCUUGAUAGCGGUGGCGAGGGGAUUCCGAAACACGUGUGGGAGAAGGCCAAGCUAUGCGCUGAGAACCACCUGGUGGCCUAUCAGAUGGCCAUCAAAGCAGGGAUCCCGAUUGCGCUAGGCACAGACACUGGGCCAGGAUUCAACAUGGCAAUGGAGCUUGAGGCGGCCGUCAAGGCAGGCAUGAGCAACCUAGAGGCCAUCAAAGCAGCGACAGCAAACGGGCCGUUGAGCGUGGGUAUCCAGGCGCCCAAGACGGGGCAGCUGAAGGUUGGGUACGAGGCGGACGUCAUUGGCGUUCUUGAGAAUCCGGUGGAAGAUGUGAAGGUGCUCCAAAAGAUUGACAACAUUGGCUGGGUAUGGAAGGGUGGCAAGAUUUACAAAGGACCAGGAGUUGGGCCCUGGGGUGAGAGUGAGUGGUCAGGAGAGUAA